AUGGCAUUCCACAAAGCUACUUUUGUUCUCAAUUACGAUUAUUGCGGUGGCCUCUGUUCUGUUCCAGCGGAUCCGGCGUCAAGUGCGAAAGUGAAACUGAUUCCACCUCCGGAGAUGAUUCUCCAGUGUCUAUCCCUGCUGCUGAUAGCAGCCAUAGGCCACUCAUCCGCUGCUGCCAACUAUGACCUCGAGGCCAAAACGUUUAUUGAUCAGUCGAGUGCGCGCUACUACAAGUUUUACGAUGAAAUAGCCGCUGAGACGUACUCGGCCAACAAUGAGGACGACUUCGAGGCCCUAUUCAGCAAGCUGACAAAUGUGAAGAGGAUUGCCGACGAGCUGGUCAGCAUUUCGCGCCAGGCCAGCGGCUUCGACCUGAGCAGAGUCCAAAGCGUAGAGUCGAAGCAUGCUCUCCAGGAAUUGCGCAGCGUUGGCGAUCUAUUUGUGCUCGGUGACGACUACUUUUCGUCGGUGCAGAUGAACCUGGUGGCCCUGCAGACCCUCUCAACGGACAAGGACAUUGAGCCGUAUCUGGGCGGGGCCAAAAUGCCCGAUGAGGACGACAGCCCCAUUGCCUACUACCCGGACAUACAGAAGAUCGUGCAGCAGAGCAAGGAUUCCGACGAAUUAAAGUACUAUUGGGAGACGUGGCGCGAGAAGAACCAGCUCUGGGCCUCGCUAAACUUCUACACCAUCGUGCAGUCGUAUCAGAAGGCGGCCAGGAUUCUGGAGGUGCCUGUACACAAGCUCUGGUACCGCUUCGACAGCCACGAAAUGCUGCAGCAGAUGGAGCAGGCGAUGGUGGAGCUGAAGCCCUUUUACCAGCAGCUACAUUCCUUUGUCCGCCAGGAGCUGUUUAAGAAGUACGGAUCGGAUGUAAUCGAUCCCAAUGGACCCAUACCCGACCAUCUAUUUCAGCAGGUACUUGAGCAGGCCUGGGGUGCGGACAGUGUGCUGGAGGACUACUUUCCGCGCUCGGAGCUGCCACAGUACGAUGACUUUGUGAAGCAUCUGAGUGCCAAGGCGCUGAUCAAUGAGUCCGAGAGCUUCUAUACAUCGCUGGGCUUUGAACCACUCUCCGCCGACUUUCACAAGAAUCAGAUCAAAGAGCCGAACGAAGACAAGCCGGACGACGACUGUCGGCCCUCCAUCUUCGACCUGACGCCGCACGUAUAUCUCAUGUACUGCGAGAAAGUCAGCUUUAGGAAACUGAUGCAAUACCACAGCCACAUGGCCCGCGUUUACUACGCUAACCAGAAGAGCCAGCUUCCCUCGUACUAUUUCAAGGCCUUCAAUUUGGAGUUCCCUGUGGGUGAAGCGGUCGUCCUUUCUGCCUCGUCGCCCGCUCAUCUGACCGGACGCGGACUGGCAAAGGGUGUGCAGUUCACCGAAAAGGCUCUGAUGAAUCGACUUUUCCGAAUGAGCAUCCACACGGUUCUCAACAUUCCCCUGUACUAUGUGCACACCAAGGUGAUGCAUGAUCUGCUGAACGACACCGUGGACAUGGACACCGUCAACAGGCACUACUGGCGACUGCUGGAACUGCAUGCGGGCAUUGAGCCACCAUCGGACCGCACGGAGGGAGCAAUCGACUUCCCCUACAAGUUCUAUGUGAACAUCGAUCAAAAUUUCCAGACUCAGAAAUUCAUCUCCGAGAUACUGGGCUAUCAGUUCUAUCGCGCCUUCUGCCAGAAGAGCCAUCACAGGGGACAGCUCCACAAUUGCGAUUUCUAUGGCAACAAUGCAGUGGGAAAUGAUUUAAGAUCAAUGAUGUCUUUGGGCUCUACAAGGCCCUGGAAGGAAGUUGUGGGCAAAAUAUUACCCAAUAACGCCAGCCUCAGCAGCCUAGCACUUCUGGAGUUCUAUCAGCCAGUUUUUGAUUGGCUAAAGAAUCAUAACCGGCAGGCAAAUGCUAAAAUUGGUUGGACCUCCACCAAGAAAAAAAUUGUUUGAAAUGCUUCAUUCUGUUGCCCUCUUUGAUUGAAAUAAUAAUUUAAUCCAAAAUAUUAACGAU